AUCCCACCCUGCCGGCUUGCAUACUGCUGUUUUGAUUUGCAGAUUGCCCUUCAUACUGCUGAGUGGCUGAUCUUGCUGGAUCACCAUCUAUGAACUUGAACGAAGCCGUUUCCUGACACCCGCGGACGCCUACACCUCAAAGACCCGCUUGUUCUCCACUUCGCCUCUACCUGUGCGGCGUUAUCACACCUGAUUUACUGCAUUUCAACGUCAGGAGUUUCGUGGAUACUCGACUACACUUCCGGAGGCUACGGACCGAACACAUCUCUUCAUUCGAUUUGCUCUUGGCCCCACACAUCGUUCUAUAUUACCUCGCGUGUCAGUAGCCGAAAGCCGCACGGAAUUGACGACAUGGAUUACACGCAGUCAGACCCUUUCUAUGGGGCUGUUCCAGCUCAAAGUGCUGGGUCAGUCACUGGUGCCGGGGGCGUGGACUUAGAGUCUUUGGGUGGAAAUGUAGCAGGUCCUCUGGUGAAAGUUGAUGAUCCGCCUAAGUUUGAACUCGAGUCAUAUAUUGCGAACUACACCGGCCGAACCAGAUUCAAUCGACUGUUCCUCAUAGGCACAUGCUCCACUUAUCUCUCUGUCGAGGCAUUGAAGGCCGCAGUUGCAGAAGCCAAGGGCGGCAGGGAUGUUUCCAGAUACGAAAAUGCAGUUCGGGCACUUGCCGAAGUUGCACCCGGUGACCCUGAGGCAACGCUUGAUACAAACUGGGUGGAUCAUAUGAAGAAGUCUGUCAAGGCGGAAACAGAUCGACUAGAACACGAGCUCAGAGGCUAUAAGAACAACCUGAUCAAAGAGAGCAUAAGGAUGGGCAACGAAGACCUCGGGCAACAUUACAAUCAGAUAGGUGACCUUGUGUCGGCUUCCAAAGCAUACUCUCGUAUGAGGGACUAUUGUACCACACCAACGCACAUUGCGUCGAUGCUGUUCAAGAUUAUUAAUGUCGCAAUUGAGCGCGGCGACUGGCUCAGUGUGCAGACGAAUGUGCACCGGCUACGCAACCUGCAAUCGAAGCAAGAGGAGCAAGCCAAAAACGAGCCCAAGAUGUCUGCUGCGCUGGGCCUUUCCCAGCUACACUCUGGUGCAUAUGUGGAUGCUGCGAACAGCUUCUUGGCCACCGAUCCGAGCUUAGGAGACUCUUACAACGAAGUACUCACCUCAAACGACGUUGCAGUAUACGGUGGGCUCUGCGCCCUGGCAUCAAUGGACCGCAAUGAGCUACAACGUCGCGUCCUCGACAACAAUUCAUUCCGCAACUUCCUUGAGCUGGAGCCGCACAUCCGCCGGGCGAUCUCAUUCUUCUGCAACUCUAAAUUCAGAGCCUGUCUCGAGAUCCUAGAAGCCUACAAGGCCGACUACCUCCUCGACGUCCACCUACAGCGUCAUGUGAAGACACUGUUUACGCGCAUCCGCACCAAGUCCAUCCAACAGUAUCUCGUACCCUUCAGCCGCGUGACCCUCGAAUCCAUGACGAAAAUGUUCGCCCCGGGAGUCAUAGGCGGCCAAGCCGACCCCACAGACUCCAAUUCUCCCUUCGUGCAGGAGCUCAUCGAACUGAUUCAGGAUGGCACCCUCGACGCGCGCAUCGACUUGGAAAAGAAGGUGCUGGUCUCCAACCAGGUCAACUUGCGCACCGACGUCCAGCGGUCCAUCCUGGAUAGCUUGGAUAAUUACAUCCGUGAAGCACAUAUUCGCGUUCUGCGGACUAAUAUUAUCCAAGCUGGACUGGAGGUCCGUUCAGACGAGCGACGGCCGAGAGAUGACCGGGGAAAGGGUGGGGAUACCUUUGGCAAUUUCCUUCCGCGCGGUCCGGGGGUCAUGUAAUGCUACUAGCCAGUUAGCCAGCCAGCCAGUCAGCUGAUGAAUGAGAUACGACAAAGAUUAUCAAAUU